AUGAUGAAGAUUUUUGUUCAGAUGACUUUGGCUUGUCUUGUGUUGGCAUUGUUGAUUAUGAUGGCCUCGGCUCAAUACGACUACGACAGCACCAGUGCAAAGACACCAAACUCUGCCGUCAUUCCGGCCACCGAUAUCUUCACCAGUUUCGCCGUAGCCUUCCUGGCUCUGGUGGCUUGUUUCAUCCACUGA